CGUCCACGUCUCCCUGGUGUCCGGUCCCAGCUUGACGACUGCCUCCCUGCCUGCCAGCUCGCUACCGGUCGGCCGCGAUGUGUUGCUCACCCCCGUUCUAGAAAAGAAAGAAGAAACGCACUUGGGAGUAAACUUAUAGGAAUGGCGGAGGGCACCGUGACUCUAAAAGGCUUGCGGAGUCAAAUGGCUGCAGCUGCGCAGGCCCAAGCCGAGGAGCGGCGCAGCCAGGCCGUGAGUCCAGCACCGUCUGCAAACACAGCAGCCAAACCUCACGGCCCUCGGCCAGUCCUCGACGGCGCCACCCUUCGAGUGGACGAUCGACUGCGGGUAGCAAAGGAGAGACGAGAGGAGGCUGACAGGCAACAAGCUUUGCGUGACACUCAGAUCAUGGAGCGUGAGCGCAAGGCCAAAAUGCAAGUGGAGCGUCAGCAGGAGGAACGUCACAAGAAGGCCGCGGAGCAGCGACGGAAAGAGGAGCAGAAGCGUCAGGCCGUGGAGGAGAAGAGGAAGCAGAAACAGGAAGAGGAGAAGGAGCAUUAUGAGGCAGUGAUGAGACGAACGUUAGAGCGAAGCCAGCGGGCCGACCAGAGACAGAAGAGGUGGUCCUGGGGAGGAUUGUCAACAGACUCGGAUGGACGAGCAGGAGACUCGGACGCCGGCGCCUCAUCUCCAGUAGCUAUAGCAAUCUCCCCUGCUUCGCCAGAAAAGCCACCCAGGAACGCUCAAGACAAGCGCUCCACAUCCAUCACCAACCUCAAACAGCCGUCAGAGGCUAGCAUCACCAAACGCCUAUCCUCGUCCUCUGCCACCCUCGUCAAAACCCCUGACAAAAGUAUAAAAUCCAGGAGUGUGUCUUGUAACCGUUUGCCUCGGAAAGACAGUGCUGCUAAGGAGGGAGGCAAAAAGCUGCAGGCGGAGUCGACAGGUGCUUCCAUGAAGACGAGGAGUUCAUCCCUCACACGAGUAAGUGUGGGCAGAGCGCAGACUCCUGCCAAGGCUGCUAAGGGGACGUCAGACAAUCAAGCUCGCAAGCAACCGACUUGCGCUGCGGAUGGAGGGGUCAUUAGUCGCCUGCUCACUCCCACCCAGGCCUCACUAGCUAGGAGCAAGAGUGCUGCCGCCCUUUCCCCUGAAGGAACCAAUGCUCCAGCCUCCGCCAACCCCAUCCACCCGCCCCGCGGGCCACUGCGCAGUCGCAGCAUCGACCGACAGAAGAACGGCAUGACCACCUCCGUGUCGGCAGACGGAGCCCUCGACCCCUCACUGACCAAGCAGGAAAAAACGUCUACCUCAUCCGGGCGACAGCGCCCGCCCUCCCCGUCCAUCCCCGUGGGACGCACCCGCUCACCAUCCCCCGCCCCAAAACCAUCUCCAAAGCGGACUCCUUCUCCAGCAGCUUCAAAGCAAAAUUCAAAGGCGCGCCCACCCUCCCCAGCAGCGAAGCAAAGCACCCCAUCCCCUCAGCCGUCAUCUGCUAAACCCCCUCCAAUCCAGAAACCAGCUCUGACCCCGCCAGGGCCCCCUACCCUGCGAAAGAGGGACUCCCGCUCAAAGGACAUGUUGCUACCCUUACAGCCUGGCUUGGCACAGUCGUCCGACUCUAGCAAAUCCAAAGAGAAAGACGAUUCUAAGGCUGGAACCAAUUCUGCUGCUGAGGCAGCCAAGCUCUUGGCGGAGCACCGCAGACAGAUGCGUGAGCAGAAAGAGAAAGAUGAGCAGCUCAGAAUACAGCGGGAGGAAGAGGAGAAGCUCAGGAAAGAAGAGGAGGAGCGCCUGGCAGAGGAGGCCCGGCUGAAGCGCCAAGAGGAGGAAAAGAAGCUGGCGGAGGAAAGAAAAGUGAAGGAAGAGGAGGAGGCCCUAAGAGCAGAGGAAGAGAGGGAGCGACUGGAGGCCGAGGAGGCUCUGAAGCAGGCGGAACUGCAGAAGGAGCGGGAGGAGGCCGAGGCCAAGGCCCUAGAGGAGGCCGAGAGGGUCCGCCAGGAGCGCGACCGCAUCAUGCAGCAGAACCAACAAGAGCGGAUGGAAAGGAAGAAGAGAAUUGAAGAAAUAAUGAAGAGGACUAGGAAAGGAGAUGGAAAUGACUUUAAGAGGGAUGACGACAAGGAUCAGGAUGACAAUGAAGAUGGAAUGGACCCCUUUGAUGCAAAGAGUGAAAGCCAAAUGGGCGACCUUGCCAUGGAGAUGCACGGCUGUGGCGAUGGAGUGCCACAAAGAGAAGAACCCGUGGGUUGCCUGAACGGAAGAGGGGAAGCGGACGACAAGGAGAACAACAACGCCUCGGACGAGACUCAGGCAGUCAGUCUAGUUCAAAAGAGCCGGCUGGCGGAAGGCUCGGAGUUCCUGAACGAGCAGGACUCGGCCAAAGUGGAGCUGGUGCCGGGCCUGGGCGGGAAGUCCAACCAGUGGAGCUUCGAGGAGCUCAUGGACCGUAACGCCAAGACUCACGCCCUCAUCGGGGCUGAAGAUUGUAGCCCGGUCCUGAUUAACUGUGAUGGGACGGACGGGACCAAAGGAAGCCCCGUGAACUCGCUGCAUUCCUCCAGUCAAGCCAUAGAGGCUCUUUCAGAGAUUUGAUGCUGCACCCACCUCAAAGCCCCCCCACUGUUACACUCAACUUCCUGAGCUCAGCUGAAAAGUUUCUAAACAGCUUCCCCUUCCAAUUUAUUCCGGUGGGAGGAGGCCAAGGUGAAAUGUAAAGACCUUGCUCGCCCCAAGUGCUUAAGCGUCUCAUCGACAAGAUGACCAAAGCUUCAGGGAAAUUCCACGUUCCUCCUCCUCCUCGUGUCAGGUCUACUUCGUUGUCUUCUUCCUUGUGGUGUCGCAGAUGUUUUUAAAGCAUUUCUUUGUGUGUCUUUGUCAGGGGUUUGCUGUUGUAAUUUAUGAAUUAAUUUUGGCUUCCUUAUUAUUUGUCGUUUGGAGACGUACGCUUCUUGUACGGGAGCGUUUUCGCUGUGCAAUGACGUUAAAGACGUCCUGUCUCUCUGGGAUUUUGGCCCGUGGCUCUUCUAAAUUUACUUGACCGACUGCUGCUUUUUUGGCAGCGUCUGAUAAUUAUGGCCUUACCCGUGUUUUAUUCUUGUUGUUUUUUGUCACAACUAUAUUUUGGGUGUGGAGUUACAAAAGCGGGAUCGCACAUGCGCUGUUAUGUGGGAAGUAUGGAAAGCUGUUUGAACAUUUAUUGAAUACCCUAAUCAGCCAACUUAAGGUUCAUUUACUUUUGUGCUCCUCUCAUACGUACUUGUAAACAUUUCUUCCCACUUGUCCUGACAAUUUUGAUCUACCGAUACCCAAUUAAACAUUAUUAGUAAACUGUGCUGCACUCGUAACACUUACCAAGCCCAACUAGUAUGACAUGUCUUUGUGGAGUAUGUUUAGGUUUAUGUACUAGUAUGUGCCUUGUCCUCAAUUGUAAAGACAUUUUAGUGCACAAGUAGAAAGACGAGCGAGCGCUCACUCGUCCUCCAAGUGAGUGCUAUUGCAUUAUCAGAUAGCCAUGAUCCAUUUACUAGUGUUCUCGUGGUAGAAAUAAUGUUCAAUCAGCUUUCCAUACAUAAAUGGCUGUCAUGGCUUUAGACGCCCUGCCUUGCAGUCUGUUUUUGGCCACCAGGGGGCACAGCAGGCAUGCGUAAGUUUCUGUAACAACUCGUAACUGUUGCUGUUCAGGACGUAGUUGGCUCGAUUGAAAAUUGUGUACAUUUUUAUAUGGAGCUUCUGUUUACUAACAAGAUGCUUCUAGUUUACGGCAGUCUGUUCAUUUCACCCCCAAAAAAGUAACAAAUAUUCAGGAAGCUUUCCAUCUUUUAACUGUCACAUUGCUCUGUUCAGUUGUCUUGUUGUCUGCACACGCUAGCUGCUAAACUUUUUUGUGAAAUAUCGUAUUUCAGCUGUUUUUUUUAUUUAAUGACACCUGGCUGUUUAUAUAUGAAUAUACAGUUCUGCAUAUACAUAUUUAAGUGUUUGUAUAUGAAGUCAGUGUUAGGCUAAUGAAGCCAUGAUAUUGGCCGAGUAGCGACUCUGAAAGCGGCCUCCAACUUUGAGCCUUCAGCCGAUUCUGCGGUUAAAAUCUUGAAUUUGUCGACGGGGGUUGUGUUUGGUGUUCACACCCUCUCACCAACCCAAUUUAAGGACCUGAGUGGGCUUUAAGAAUCCAAUACUUUUGCCAUCAAGCCGUCCUCCGUGUUUUUGUCGUCGCUACAUUUGUCAGGGCACGUCGCGUGACCUUUUUCAUGUUCGGCGCUGCAUGACACAUCCAGGACGGUCUCUGUUGGCGCCUCUGCUCGUCAGCGCUUCCUGCUGGAGGGAGGCUGACAUUGUCUUCCCCUUGAUCAGAGAAUACAUAUACAUGUGUACAUAGUGAGCUGUUUAUUUCCAUAUCCUUGACAAUGAUAUUCUCUUUGACCUUAUAACAACACUGGCAUACUAUUGGGACAAAGUACAUGUUCCUACUGAGGAAAAACUAGUAGACAUCUGUGUGCUACAACCACCUUUUAUUUCAUAUGCUUGAUAAGGAGGCUACUACAGUGCCUUGUAGUGGUGCUUGCAGUCAAUAGUUUAAGGUUUAAUCAUGUACUACUAGGCCAAAAGUAGCAUUAGCAGUAGAAAAAAUAAAGAAAAAAUAGAUUAUUUGAAUUGCUGAGUUGUCUCAAUACGUCAGUGAGGUCAAAGAGCAGGCUAGCAUCGUAGUGUCUACCUAGUGUCUUACUACUAGUAAAAAAAAAAUACUAGUAAGUUACUAGUAUUUUUUUUUUUUUUACCUUUCCUCAUGACGGUACAACAUUUUCACACACCAGUAGCACAGUUUUGCCAGACUAGUACUAAUAGUGAAUGUUAAGAAGGUAGCACGGGUAGCACACACUUGUCAACUAGUGUACGGUUUAGCUUCACUUGUUACUUGGAGUUGACUUACUAGUAAGGACCAAGAGCGCACUAAUACAUUGUUUCAGGAUGUGGAAUAAAUACUCAAAUGGCUUUCCGUUUAGUUUCUAGAUAGCACUGUGCCUUAGAGGUUUAGAAUUUUUAAUGUUGCUGUUAACUGUUUUUUUUUUAAGUUUGUCUUUACCUUGGCCUCUGACAAUCAAGUCCUUUGUGAAUAAAAAAAGCCCACCCAGCAGUUACUAUCAGCCUGCCCCUAAGUAACAUUUGUACUGUAAAUAUAUUUGUGUUCUGAGAUGUGAUAUAAACUGUUAAUAAAGUCUCGCAAAACUAGA